AUGGCACAAGCAGAAACAAAAGUGGUAUACCCUAUAUUAGAAAAAGAAUUGAUAGAGUUUGUCAAAAAGAGAAGAGAAGAAAAAGGAACAGUAAUAACAUCGAUAAUUAUAAAAAAAGCCAAAAGUUUAAGUGAAACUAUAGAUAUUAGGGCUAGUGAAGCAUGCUCGAACACAAGUAGUUUAGAAAGCCCUGAAGAUAUUUCUACUCCUAUGUGGUUUGAUAUGCCACGAGAUUUGACAAUUGAUUUUAAAGAUGCACAUCAUAGCCAUAAUUAUUAUGAUGUAACUAGAGCAUUGAAGGCAGAAGGCUUAGAUGUGUUAGAAAUACCCAGGGGUACCACUAGUGUUUUACAACCACCAGACGUCUCUGUUAAUAAGCCUUUUAAAAAUGAAAUGAGAAACUUGUACUUAAUCCAAAUGGUAGAAGAUGAUAUGAUUUCAGACCACCUCAAAGCUAUUGUUGAAAAUCAUUUGAACGAACUGCCAAUUGAAGACACACAAGCAGAAGAGUCGAAUCAUAAUGAUAGUGAGCCAGAUGAUGAUAAUGAGCAGAAUGAUAAUAAUCUGGAUUAUUAUGAUCUGGAUUAUUAUAAUGAAAAUAUGAUGGAUAUAGAUUACUACGGAGAAAUAUACUGUAAUGAGACAAUUGAAAUUGAUUAA